AUGUGCGCGAACUCACUGAGCAAAGGCCAGACUACAAUGAAAAACAGUUCUCUGGUCCUAUGGCUCGAUAUUAUCUAUCUUGUUAGUCUUCUCGAGCCAGUGUACGGCUGGAGUGAGCUACCCAUUAGCUACAAAGGGGCUUUGGAUCUUUUUUCAACCUUCCGCGUCUUCCCCGAAAUGUAUACUUACCUCAGUGCUUUCGGGCGAAAGAGUUUCCCACAAGACGAGAGCUUCGCUAGCUUUGACUGCGCCGAAACCGUGGAUGAAAAUGGGGCGCUGAAAACGAUCGAAUCGUGUUAUUUGCUCAAGUACGUCGGACUACGAGAGGGGGCCUCGAAGGGCACGAAUCCGUGGUCCAUCCGCCACGCGCUCAUCUACCAGAAGGUGGACUUUGAUACCCGGCAAACAAAUCACAUUCUUGUCAGGAUUCCCGAAAACCUGGAGAACCGCUUAGGCGAAAGUAUCAUCAAAGAUGCGGAGGUAGCGGGUGUCUUCGUGCGACAGUGGGUCCAGCUUCACUCAAUGUCUUUCGGCAGUGUAGGAGACAAUCUGCGCCAAUUUAUCAACUACCUCGACGAGGAGGUGACUAGUAUCUUCGAGCGCAUCGCCCUUUCGGGUGUAGAACCGGAAAGCCUCAACGAGUAUGACACUGCUCACAGCUCGGCGACAGACAUGAAAACGAUACAUUACCUAGAAGAUCAGGCUGAGCGGAUCUUCAAUCUCAUCAAACUGAAUAUGGAGACAAUCGGCUGUCUUCUCCGGCAAGCAAAAAGACUCAAGUCUCGAGGCCCCUCAUCAGACCGAGGAAUGCUCACCCAGUUCGAGGAUCAGAUGCAAAAGAUCAAGCAAGAUCAUAGAUUCAUUCUUCUUAAUGUUUCUGCUAUAAUAAAGAGAGCCAAGACUGUGUCAGAGCAGCUUCGCGACACUAUCUCCUUGAGAAAUAGCGAAAUCAAUAAAAUGCAGACUGAGAUGGCUUCCGGACACACCAAGGCCAUAUUCACGCUGUCCAAGAUGUCUAGUCAAGAGGCACACGUCGUGAAGACCUUGACGGGUUUGGCGCUCAUCUUCGUCCCGGCCUCAUUCGUCGCAAUGGGCUAUGUUACACCAGCAGGAGAUGGAGCAGCGGGGUGGCUGGCGGAGCCUGGUCUUAAGAUAUACGCCAUAUUGGCCAUUCCCCUAAUAGCUUUAACGAUGCUAAUCUAUGCGGUGAUUGAAUGGCGGAACCGGAAACAACAAAAUGCAUAUAGAGAAGACGGAAACAUGGUAUAG